AUGGCUUUUCGGUUGGUCUCAUUUGAUGCAUUGGACACGCUGAUCCGAAUCUCAGGCUCAGUUGGUCAGCAGUACCUAAGAACGCUUGAUCUGCACACGAUCAACACGAUUUCCAGCGUCACAGAAGAGGCCGUCAACAGGCAAUUUUCCUAUGCAAGGAAAGAGAUCAUGAAGAAGCACCCUGCUUAUGGCUUUUAUACCCAGAAGACCUCUGAGGAAAUAUGGAGACAGCUAGAAACGACAGAAGAAGAGCUAGAAGAAGCAUUUCAGUACAUUUACCACGCUUAUGAUUACGAAUUAAUAGAGAACGCCACCGAUUUGCUCGAAAGUAUCGAUCGCUCCAAAACGAAGACUUGUAUUUAUUCCAACGGCGACGAGAGGCUCCACAAGCACCUCCAGCAGCUGGGAAUUUAUCACCACUUCGACUUUGUCUUGACUUCCGCCGAGACGGGCCUCGAGAAACCGAGAGCGCAAGCGUACAUUCGCUGCCUGGAAGUAGCCGGUAUCAAGGAGCCCAGCGAAGCUGUCCACAUUGGCGACGACGUAGAGAAAGAUUUCCACGGGCCCAGACGGGUUGGAAUGCACAGUAUUAAUAUUUUACCUAAUAAGCCGGCGAGCGUGCCGGACGAUUCACACGUCAAAGAUUUAGAUGCACUUAAAAAUGUCUUAUCCCAGUUUGAUCUUACAAGAAUGUUAGUACAGCUGAAAUCGAAUCCAUGGUUGCGAGUUCCGAUCGCGACCUUGCAGUUCCUCUGGGUGGCGUUGAAUAACAUCACUGGCGUCUUCGGCUAUUGGUGUCUUCAUAUUUGCGCCUUGCCGAUCAAAUGUGUGGAUAAGCAGCUCUUUGAUACGAUAGAAAGGAACUUGUACCACAUAACUUUCUUCUUCUGCUCCUCCUGGGGCUUUGAAAAUGGCUGGAAGAUGAUCGUCUCCGGCGAUUACGAGAAAUUGGAAGAGCUGGUGAAUGAAAAAUGCAUUCUCGUAGCGAAUCAUCAAAACACCUGCGACAUUUCUGCCCUCAUGUGGCCUCUAGUAACGCUCAAAGGGCUGCAAGGCGCUGUUACUUGGAUUAUGGACGCGAUUUUUAAACUGUCGAGUUUCGGCUGGGUCUGCUUGGGUCACGACGACUUCUUCAUUUGGCAACAGGCCGAUGCCAAGCAGUUCAGAUUUGCUGCGCCCUGCGACCCAGAGAAUAUCAAAGAACAUGAACUAGCCCGCUUGGCGGAAUACUGCAAAACUAACUUCACCAAGACUUCUGACAAACUGCGAAACUGGCUCCUGAUAUUUCCAGAAGGCGGCUUCCGAUACAAACGACUUCAAGCUUCGAACAAAUUUGCCACGAAAAACGGCCUGCCUCACCUCUCUUACGUCACUUAUCCCCGACAUUUGGGCGUUUACACUGCCGCAAAAAGCGCCAAUUUCAAAAAGAUAAUCGACGCAACUCUCUGCUACGAAAACGAAAAAGAAGCAUGCUUGUGGAACUGGUGGCUCGGGAACGCGCAAACUGUUCGCAUUCAUUUCACCGUCAUUGACAUUCAACCUGACAUGUCCGAAGAAAAUGUCAAAGACACCGUUUGUUUUAUAUUAACCCAAGCUGGGGAGUCUAUGCUCUCCGACCACAAAAAACUCAUGGCGCUUUGGUCGCGCAAAGAGCUCAUGCUCAACCACUUCUCCAACUUCGGCUUCUUCCCGAAGCUAGAAGACAAGCCCUACAUAAACGGCAACAUUCCUCAAAUGAAACCCGUUGAGGAGCAGAAUAUUCACCUCAAUAUCUUCAAAAAAAAUGGAGGUUUCAUUAUUCAUACAAUUGGCACACAAAACAUCUUCUGA